AUGACGGACUUGACGCCGCUCUUUCGGCAAUGUGUGGAUAUAGUAGCCAGCGAGCUUGGAGGCGAUGCGGAGGACGAAUACGACCGGAAACAGACCAGGAACUCGAGAUCAGAGUUCAUAAUAAAAGACACUUUCAUCAAAGAAUGCUAUGAAUUCUACAGCGUAGUAGCGGAUUUACAGCAAUUUGUGACAGUGAUUCGACUGCCAUACUUGGCGGUAGACGACGAGACAAGCAACUCCCUUUCGAUUGAAGACAAGAACAGAAUUGAUGAAGAGUUCAAGUACAAAGUCCAGCAACUCUAUAAGAAGCUCAGCUUGCUUGAAACUUACGAAAAAAAACGGGAAGAAUUGGUGCCCAGAGAUUCAGAUAAUAGCUCCGGAUGGUUAGGCAAGAUUUUGGGAGAUGACGAGCCUCUGGAUCAACAAAUCUACUUAGCUACUGUAGCAGCACAUCGUACUCAAAUUCUUCGAUUUUUGGUCUCAGCACUUGAUAAUGCCAACAAGAACUUUGAGACUAUCCAAAAAAAACGUAUUCUGCGUGACAGGCAACUUGAUCUGUUAAACUUCCAGAAUUUCGACGAUACUGAUGAUCUCAACUACUCGGAGUUUGAUUCGUACCAUGAAGAGGAACAGAAUAAUCAUCUCUCUCAACAACAGAUACAACUAUUGGAGACGGAAAACCGUGAGUUCUUGACGAUGAAAUCGAAGCAGCUCAAACAGGUGGAAAAAGUCCAACAGUCCAUUGUAGAAAUCAUCAACAUACAGAACGAACUUUCGUUCAAGCUUCAGGACCAGGGACAGCAAAUCAACAACCUUAUGGACAACAACGCACAGGUGCACAUAGAUGUUCAGAUGGGGAACAAGACGUUGAACAAGGCUACUGUGAGAAACAAGAAAGGUGCCAAUAUGUUAGUGACGAUGUGUUUUGUACUCGGUGUCUUGAUCCUCUUUGUAGACUAUAUAUCGUUCUGA